CUUCAUUUCUCAAACAAACAAAUCCCAAAUCCAAAUAUCCCCACUACUCAUACUUGAUCAAAAACAUUGCUACCCAUCUACUUGCCAACUUGUAUAUGCAUGAAAUGAAGCCCUGGGCUGCUGACUUUCUCAGAUUAGUCCAGAGAGAGUCUCGAUUCAAGAUUUAGACGAUGCUCGGAGUAUCCUCAGCCUCUCCAAUGCUAGCCCAUGAUUUCGCAAUACGCUUUUUCUUUACCACUCCUGAUAUUAUAACUGUUGCACCAAAUAUCGGAUCUCUACAUGUGAAUUGUUUUUCACAAAAUCUGAAUAGAGCAACUUGUGCACCAAGUAUUUCUAAGAAGAAAUGGGUAUUGCAUUCAACUGCAAAAUUUGAAAAUAUGACUUUGACUGAUGACGACAGGAAGACAUUAGAAGCAUGUCGUGAUACUUUGUCUGCAUUGAGUAUCAGCAAUGAAGAGGGAGACAAGAUACUUGGGAAAGCUUUUGGUCUGAUUCAUUCACCCUACUGGGGUGAAGAAAGAAAAAACAAAGUUCCAAAAUUUGAGAUUGUAUGCGAAAAGAUGGACUACCUUAGGAGUUUAAACCUGUCUAACGAUGAUCUGGGUAAGUUGCUUAAAAAAUUUCCAGAAGUUCUUGGAUGUAACCUUGAACAUGAGCUGAAAACCAAUGUCCAAGUUUUGGAAAAGGAAUGGGGAAUAAAAGGAAAAUCUCUUCGAAAUCUCCUCCUUCGAAAUCCAAGGGUGUUGGGUUACAAUGUUGAUUGUAAGGGAGAUUGUAUGGCACAAUGCACCCGUUGCUGGGUUCGAUUUUAGACUUCCUAGAAGAACUUCAUUUUUGCAUCCUUGUUCCAAAUUUAUUGCAAUAUGGUGAAUUGGAUUCAAUGUUUACGUGUUUGUAUAAUUUGUAGGUCUACGAUCUUUAAAAAUCAAAUACAUGAAAUUGAGAGGAAAUACAUGAAAUUAAUGUACUAUGCUUUUGCGUCU